UGUGAAACACAAGUUUUGUAAUCGACACACUCAACCAGGUUUGCCUGUGAGAGAAAUGUUCAAAAAGAAAAAGAAUAAAACCAAAGAUGACAUUUUGAAUGUGCACAACGGUCAUCAAAAAAGCCAUUCCCCAAAGAUUUCCUCAAAUUCUUCGACCGUUUUGGAUGACGAGAAUGGCAAUGACAGUGCAGAUGGAUUCGACCCCGAAGGGUUUGUUGACCUCAAUCCUGAAGAGCAUCAACCAAAGUUACUGGGGCCUAAACAAAGCUGCCAGGUAUUUGGAAUCUUCUUUUUUUUUUACUGUAGUCACUAAAUUCAACUUUCCUUUCAUCACUGUUUUUAAAACAAAAUGGGUUCUAAAACUGACAAGUCGGUUUAACACCUAUCAUAUUCCGUCAUCCACAUCAAUAAAUAUCAAAUUAAUAUUGUCAAAAAUUGUUUCGUUGCCCCAGUCGAUGGUUGUCUUUUGCAUGUUUUUACACAUUGAUCUUACGAACUCGUCACAAGAACAGAGCCAGCAAGUGGUUAUUCAAUAUUUGUGAAGAUCAGCAUAUAAUCACACGCUUCAUCCAUUCACCUAAGUGGGCCUUUAAAAAAGCAUUGAAUUCUUACAUGACCAAUAUAAAAAACUACUUAAGUGAAUGCAAAUUUUUUGGCAACGUUUUGUGUUUUGUUGAUGGUGAAUGUUUGUGAAAGAGUGAAACUACUUGAUUUCCUUUGAUGCCUACAAGAAACUAUACAACUACAACACAAUGCAAUGAUACCAACUCAACCUCAAACUGUACAUGUCCAGCUUGUAAUUAAUACUAUUAAUGAUGUUAAUAGGACUGAGUGGAGUCUAAUUCGGUCUGAAAUCGUGCGAGUCAUUAACAAAAUCGGUAGACCACGUAGCGGGAGUCCAAUUUGUUUAAUCACGAGUAUGAUUGCAGAUCAAUUGGACAAACAAAGUUCUGUUACCAAUUAAUCGUAACUAUAACAAAAUUUGUGAUAUUUUAGGCUUUUUUAAAGUUAAAACACAAGAAAUUCUGGGAGGUUUUUUUUGGCUAGCACUGAAAAUUAAAAAGCCAUUUAAGCGUGCAUGUGAGAUGGUGCGUACAGUCCAAUUUCAGCCAUGAUGCAUACUCUCCUAUUAUACUGUUCUAUUGGUGCUGAAAUCAGGACAGUUGGUAGCCAAUCAGAUUUGAAAAUUUUGUUUUGCUUUGUUUUCUAGUUUUUCAGUAGUCUUACUAAUGACCAAUAUUAGAUGAGUUUUUUUGUGUGUGAUAUCCAGCAAAGUGAUAGGUCUCAUUUAAAGUCAUAGGCUAAAGCUAACAACACGUACAGAAGACCUCACUGAAAAUUCUGUGUAUCACUUACGCUCCUUUUCACUACAGCUAACUUUCUUGGUUCCCGAACAGCUUUCCCAGGCCUAAACUUUCAUUUUUCAUUUGAAUGAUGUAACCGAGACAAAAGGAUCCAAAUUGCAUUGGCUGCAUGACAAGAAUUUUUGAAGCCUAGGCAAAGUACAUGUACAGCAUUUCUGCAUUUUGUCAUAAAGCAGUUCUCUGAUACAUUGUCUGUUAUAGGUGAAAAUGAAAUUCAGGUUAAAAUGGUUUAUCCUUGGUUGAUUCUUUAUGAUUACUAGGGCUAGAAAACAGAGAAAAUUAAAAUUGUUGGAAAUCAAUCUAAUCAACUGUCUGAUGAGCCAAACAAAUGUGUGCAAAACAGGAUAAAGUUUUACUAAAUUUAUUCAUUGGUUUUACUAAUAUGAACUGACUCUUUUUGAAUUUCCUGACUAAGAAAAUGAGCCUAAACUCAUAAAAUCAUGUUUUCCCAAAAAACUGGGCUCAACAUGACCAAAACCUGUUAUAUGCUCCUGUAGCUAUUGUAACUUGAAUGACAUUUUAAUUUUUUUUUUAUUCAAGUAUAUAGGAACAUUUGCUGUCACCCUUAGUGGUUCAUUUAAAGAUGGUGAGACCACCUUAACUACACAUAAAGAAAGAACAAGAUUUGUGAAAAAGAAACUCAGGGAGUAUAGGGUAAGUUUUGAUGUUCACUUGUCAGGCUCGGCAUUCAAAUUCUAGUCCAACGAAUUCACGUUUCACUAUACUUUCAUUGUGUAAACCUUUUGAUAAGUUUAAAACUUGCUGGAAUUACCUGCUUAUGCUAAUAUCAGACUAGUUAACUUUUACACCCACGACUUCCUGUAAACUAAGUUCUUCAUGUUUGCAGUGGUUUUGGAUGGGUAUUCAUUUAACUUGCCUGUUCUGUCUGUCUUUAAAAUUAUUGCCUUGAAUCUUUAAAAGUUUGUAAUUCCAAAACAAUGCUUGGUGUGAAAUUUGUUGUUUCGCAUUAUUAAACAAAAGGGCUUUUGCUUUUUAUGUUGAAACUGACUCAACCACUUAUUCAACCUAAACCACCUGUUAAUUAAAAAGUAGUGUUAAUCUUUGCCUUUAAUCUUUGGGCUCUCCGCUGAAAGGCAAAUGCCUAACAUUUCACUCUGUGUGUGAGCAACGGGGAACCUCCCUCCAACAGGCAGUUCAUGCUGUUUAAUAAAUUCAUUUAUUAACUUAGAUUCAUUUACAAACUGGUUCUAUAUUUGUAAUUUUUUUAGAUACUGGUAAUAUCAUUCUUACUUGUUUAACUGUGAAAAAUUGUUUAUUCUCCAGGAUGCACAGAAAGGUGUUGGUGUUUUUCUACUAAUUUCCAGUGAUGGAAUCAAAGUCAUUUCUGCUGAUGGACAGGUAAAAUACUGGGCCGAGUUGUUCAAAGCUGGGUUAAGAUAACCCAGGGUUAGUGCAACAUUUGAAGUUAGAUUUGAAAGCUUAAAAUACAUUUCAGUUUUAAUUCUUUUUGUCUACAAGAUGAUGAUUGGAAGCUCUAAAAAAUAGCAGAGAAAAUUAUUCGAGAAAAUGCUUUUGAACACAAGAAAAACAAACAAGGGUUAAAAUUAAUCCGGGGUUAAGCGCUAAUGGGCCCUUGAACCACUGGGCCCUGGUUGAUUCUUCUAGCAUAUUCCACUGGCAAUAAGUUAGUCACGAGUCACAGCUAGCUCAGAUGUGGCAGAAGAUGCUCAACCUGGGGUGGUAGGAACUGAUAGCCUGAGUUUCAGAUGAUUACUUUGAGUCGUUUUUACUCCCUCAGCAAGGGAGUAAAAAUGACUCUAAGUAAUCAUCUGAAAUUCAGGCUAGGGAACUGGUCUCAAAUAGAAGCCUGUUAAUACAGACAUCUCUCCUCACUCUUAUCUCUAGGGACAUUUUGCAGUCAGGAGUAAGGGUGGGGGAGGGGGGUCGAGACAGCUGUAUUUGUAGGCCACUCAAAUAAAAGUGAUUAGGAUGGUCUUCUUACAUUAACUUUUUAAAAGUGGGUUAGCUCUUAUCGUUUUGGCUGUUGAAUUUUUUCCAGAAGUUACUAUUGUUUAUUGUUAGAAUUAUGAUGAAAAUGAUAGUUAUCUGGAUAUGAUUUUCUUAUGGAACGUUAACGUUUUCAGCGUGUUAGAAUGGCUCAUGCAUUGCAAAGAAUUUCCUUUGCCACUUGUGAUCCCGAGUUCAGACUCUUUGCCUACAUGUCACACAAUCCUUCUCCGAUGGGGACAGCCAUUCAUUGCCAUGUGUUCAUGACAAAAUAUGUUAGACAGGUGAGAGCAUUGUAACACUUUUAUGAAAUUUUGGGGGUGAAGAUAGGGAGCAGAAAAUACAAGGAAAUUGUGGCAUAGUGGCUUUAAGAGAAAGGUGCAUGACUUGAGCAUUAAAACAUUUACUGUAACAGGUCAUUGCGUGACAUGUAGUGUGAUACUGUAUGCUGCCUUCCGAAUUUGUUUCUUGCAUAUUUGGGCAAGAGAGAACAUGACAGCGAAUGCGAUAAGUGUGUGAAGUGUGAAAUGAUCGGAAUGAAAACAGUCUCAUUAUGGCAGUAUGUUUUACACAUGUAUUCGUUGAACCCACAGGCUGUAGCAUGACCUUCUGCAACAUGUAUUGGUGAUAAUGGAGGUUAUGCUUCAGACCAGGUCAUUGCUGUAACAAAUAUUGCACUUUUGGACUGUUUUGGGGAUGAAUUUUAACUCAGUCUCCUGCACAACCUCAUAAGGAGCCCCAUAGUACAAUAAUUAAUGACAACACUGACCCAGUCUCACAUACAACCUCAAAAUGUCCAAUAGUAGAACACUACCUUGCAAGCACACCAUUUAUAUGAUAUCCCUGUUAUUGGAACCACUUUUUUCUGCCAAAAAGUGAAACAAUUGACCACUCUUAAGUCGUUUCCUUGUGUGAAAGCCUUGUUCAUUUGGCUAAGUUGUUGUUAUUGCAGGAUUUUUAGGGCUGUUGGGUACCCGCAUUUGUUGUACUCAAAGAGUAUCAUUGCUUGCAACUUACAGUUGCCAGUAUUACUGUUGUCGUCGGUAUUUCAGUUUGUAUACACGGGGUGAAGGACUUUUAACCCAUUUGCUAAAGUGAAAUGUUUUAACAAAUGGAUACAUUUGCUGUAGAGUUAAAAGGUUUCCAUUUAAGUAACCUUAAAUUUAUUCUUGUAGUUAUUUCAUGGCAAAGCAUCACUUAAUGGCAUUGUAAUAGAGAUGAUUAUUAAAGUGAUGGUCUUUUCUUGAGAUGUGAUCAGUGGAUAAAUUGGAUAUGCUGUUUUGUUUUCGUUUUCUUACUAGGUACAAAGUUUGACAGCUAUGAUUGGCAAGGCAUUUCAACUUGCAUUUGCAGAUUCAAAGUUUCCAAAAGGAACAGAGCUUAAGAUGGAACCAGUAUCCAAAGUGGUUUCUGAUGAAGGGGUGGUCCAGGGUAGGAGAUGGGUGAGUAUGGGAGCAUGUUUCUGCUCUUUCUAUUGACAGCAUUUGCUACUUUUUUCACUGAUCCGUAUACCUUAAGAGUGCAACUAUUAAAGGUUCCGUUUUGGGUGUCGUAAUUCAUUACUUUCAACGUUUAUUUCAGGCAAAGCUAGAGGCUCGGCAAGGGCAUGAACAUUCACAGCACGCCAUUGUGGCUAAAAUGAAAAAGCAUCAGGAGAAGUCGCAUGGUAAAAGUCCAAGCGCCUCACAAGAGCAAUCCAUGCCCUCAGCACCAUCUGUACAACCAUCAACGUCUUCUCAGGGAUCGCCGUUUGGAAGAAGAAGGUCCUUUGGCAAGGCUCAUACUCCUCCUGAGGUGCGGCGAUCAGAUCUUGCACAAAAGAAUCUUGGUGGUAAUGAACAAAGGACAAAUCUAUCAGAUGAUGUGGUGACAGAUGCUGUAACUGAUGGAAGUCCGGAAAUUGAAAGAAAACGUCUGAGAACUCCCGGAGCCUCUCAAUUGCAGCCAGAAGACAGGAAAAUAAGUGCACCAGCAACCAUUGUACAAGACUCUCAAAAAAACCCACAAGAGCAAAACGUUCAUGUUCGGCACGAGAGGGAGCGUCCUUUAUCUUCAGAAGGGCAUAUUGCUCGAGGGCGUUCCCAGACUCCCCCACCAUCAAGAAGUGACAAAAAGUCAGCGUCUGUUGUUGUAACUAACCAGCAGAAUUUGAUGUCUCCAAUCGCAAAGUCCUCCUCAGACCCAAAUCUAGUGACAAAGGGAGGCAGUACACACAAAACUGUGUCCAAACGCAACAGUCAUGAGAAUGAAGACUGGUAUAUGCCUGGAAUACCAAGGUCAGUUACCUUAUGAUUUAAAUUACAGUAAUCCAAGUUAGUCCAAACUAAACAUAUUGCCUCAGAAUAUAAAAUGUUGUGGGUGCACUCAGUAAGCCUAAGGGUAAGACAGCCUCUAAUAGCUUGUUCACUGGAAUAUGCUCCGUGCCUAUCCCAAGAAACUUUUUUUUGUAGUAUCUUUAAGUUUUCUUCAGGUACUUGAUCUUUGCUCUUUUUAGACCACGGCCCUCCACCAACUCUUGACAUUAAAGAAUAAAAUUACUAUUUGAAGACUCUAUUACCAAGAGCACUAUCUUCUGAUUGAGGUCUCUGUCGCAAAAUAAUAACAUUCCAGAAAAAUUCUGGCACUCACGACUGACUUAAACGAAUUUUAAACUUUAUUUGUGCGUGAAACUUUAAAUGUUGUCCAUGUUUCUAAAAAGGUAUGACCGCACAGAUUUCUUCAGCGAUAGAUAAUCACGUUGGUAGUGAAACAACAUUUUUGUUAUGUGUCUCGUUUACUGGAUCCUGAUAGCCCUCGUGUGCCUUUGUCAUAUCCCCGUAUUUAUGAUAAUAAAUAUUGAUCUUUUUAGGGAGUUUGUAACUGAGAUGCUAGAGAAGGCAGAGGAAGGGUCAUUUUUUGUGCGUGACAGUCAAAGUCGGCCUGGUUGCUAUGCUCUGACCAUGCGCGUUCCUCAAGAAACCAGUCCCAGUGGAUUUGGAAACUUUCUGAUUGUUAAAGUCAAAGAUGGCGUCAUGAUACAGGUUAGCACAAAUCAAGUGAGUUACACACGUGUUAUUAUCAAGAGAAGCCCUCCCUCUUAUAAAGCUGUGUCAGUUAAGAAUUAGUCUCUGAGGGUCUCCGAACCAUUCUUUUUUUGUUUGUUUGUGUUUGUUUGUUUUUUGUCUUUUGCGUUUUUUUUUUUGCCGCGGCAGGAUUAGCUCAGUCGGCAGAGCACUUGACGGCAGAGCGGGAGGUCGCAGGUUCGAUUCCCAGGGCUGAAUCAUUACUCAGGAUCUUAAAAUAACUGAGAAAUGAAGGUACUGCCUUUCCCUGCAAGAGGCUUAGACCUUGGCGUGACUCGGAUGACCACCUUAAAUAGUGUCCCCGAUUAGUACUCUUGUUUGUCACUCAAAAAAGUACUUUUUUUUCAUUUCUCUUCAAAAAUUGAAAUGUCUAACUGGUGAUCGCCAUCCUAGAUGUUUAUGUCUUACUUUUAUUUCUCUUUCCAACAGGGUUUUGAUAAGGUCUUAACAGAUUUGACAUCCUUGGUGGAACAUUACUCACAGCAUGCAGAUGGUCUUCCAUGUAAGCUGCUGCUUGGUGGUUCUAAUGUGUUGUGUGAGGAUGAAGACUACAUAUGUAUGGUUCCUAAUGACCCGGACUAUCAGAAUCUGUCAGAUUUCACUGCCAUGAUGGCUGAACUGAAUUAAACCAGAACCACCGUAUAAUGCAUAUAACUAUGCCAAGGUAUUGACAAAAAGAAAUUUGGUUGAAGCUACCUUACGUGAGAACCGAAAGGCAGCUCGGGAUAGUCCUUUCUUUCAUAUACCAAAUAAUGUAACACUACUGCACGUUAGGUUUUCAUCCAAAGUCAAAACAAAAAAAAGCACUCACAUUAGGUACUGCCCAGUAGCGUUUACUUCAAACGUGACACUAGAAUUUUAUAUGCUGGCUUAGCGUGACCAGGCUGUUAGAUAGAAGGGACAUUGCGAAAGUAAACCCCCGCGCGUUUUUUUGCCCCCUUUUUAAUGCACGACUGCACUGCUAUCUUGGAGCCCUGAACAGGCUACCGCAGACUCAAAAGAUAGAACCACCUUGCGCAUUGUAAUAUGCCGUGAACGCCCUGUACAGCUCCGUUUGAAAGUACUGGUUAACAGCUUCGUUUCUGAUUUGCCGAGCCAGGACAUAACGAGAUCAGUCAAAGUUUUAAGAAGGUCAGGGUUUAUAAUGUUAGAACUGAAAGUUGGCACUGAAGUGAUCAGAAUUCGUAUUUAUCGUCACCUGUUUGCUUUAUUUUAACAGCAAGGGGGAAAAUUAGGUAUUUAUUACAGCCCACAUCAUCUUUUCACCUUCUACUAAAGUAUUUAUUACAAAAAUAUUGAUGUUACAUGUACAGGAUCAUUAUAUCUUUCUGGG